GACGGUGGUUUUGAUACACGGAGUCAGCUGAUUGUAUUGUAUCCAUUUGCGGUUCCUUUGAAAUGGACACGCGCUGACGCCGCUUUGUUACAUUGUUGCAGUUUCAGGACAGAGCGUGGGAUUCCCCCCUUCUCUGUCUUUCCCCCUCUGCCUCUCACCAUGUCCAGUGAGACCUCUCCCCUCCUCAACUACCGGCUCUAUAACGUGGCCGGUGGGUUCGCCGAGAGCUGCGGCGGGGCCCCGCAGGAAGAUGAGGUCGCCGUCUCCGGCACCGCGUCCCAGCCCGAUGACUCCAGGAAGCUGUCCACUUUCUUCGGGGUGGUGGUCCCCACCGUGCUCUCCAUGUUCAGCAUCGUGAUCUUCAUGCGAGUAGGCUUUGUGGUGGGUCAGGCUGGUUUCCUGCAGUCCCUGCUAAUGUUGGUCGUUGCCUACAUUAUCAUUAGCUUGACCGUGCUGUCGGUGUGUGCCAUUUCGACCAAUGGUGCCGUGAAGGGAGGAGGAGCCUACUUUAUGAUCAGCCGUACGUUGGGCCCGGAGUUUGGUGGGAGCAUCGGUCUGAUGUUUUUCCUGGCCAAUGUCUGUUCCUGUGCGGUCUACAUCCUAGGCUUGGUGGAGGCCAUUUUGGAUGUGUUUGGAGAGGUCCCCAAUGCAGGUGAACUAGGGUUGUCCAGGGGCAUUCACGUGCUCCCACAGAACUACCUGUACGAUGUCCUGUAUGCCUCCAGCAUCCUGCUGCUCUGUCUCCUGGUGUGUCUGGUCGGAGCUCAGAUCUAUGCCAAGACCAGCUUCCUGAUUUUUCUGGUGGUCCACGUUGUCCUGCUCACCAUCGUGGUCAGCUUCUUCGUGGUGAGCCCCAAGACUGUGGUCAUUGUGAGGCAGGUGGGCAACGAGAGCCAGUCCAUCUACUCCAACUACACCGGCUUCAGUAUGGCCACGCUGCAGGAGAACCUCUGGGAUGAUUAUUCUGUGGAUUACACCACCAGAUACAUGAUGACCUUUGCGACAGUGUUUGCUGUCAUGUUUAAUGGUUGUACCGGUAUCAUGGCUGGUUCUAACAUGUCUGGAGACUUGAAAAACCCGAGCUACGCGAUUCCCAAAGGCACGGUCAUCGCUGUCAUCUACACCUUCCUGGUCUACCUGCUGCUCUGCUUCCUCGUGAGCUUUACCUGCGACAGGAUGCUGCUGAAAGGAGAUUACGUGUUUUUCCGUCAGAUCAAUGUCUGGCCCCCGUUUGUGGUUAUCGGUGUGUACGCGGCAUCGCUGUCUGCUUCGAUGAGUACCCUGAUUGGUGCCUCACGGAUUCUCCAUGCCCUGGCCUGCGAUGACCUUUUCGGUAUAAUAUUGGCCCCUGCAAAGAAGACAUCCAAGACAGGAAACCCCUGGGUCGCAGUGCUCUACACCUGGUUAAUGGUUCAGUGUGUGCUGUUUGCCGGCAAGUUGAACACCAUCGCUGGGGUAGUCACCAUCUUCUUCCUGAUGGCCUAUGCUGCUGUUGAUCUCGCUUGCCUGGCCCUGGAAUGGGCGUCUGCCCCCAACUUCAGGCCGACCUUCCAGCUGUUCAGUUGGCACACGUGCCUGCUGGGCAUCAUCAGCUGCCUCGUGAUGAUGUUCCUGAUCAAUCCAGCCUACGCCUCGUGCGGAAUUGUCCUCAUGCUCGCCCUCCUGGUGGUGAUCCACUACCGAUCUCCGACCAGCAGUUGGGGCUACAUCAGCCAGGCUCUCAUCUUCCACCAGGUGAGGAAGUAUUUGUUGCUGCUGGAUGUCCGGAAAGAGCACGUCAAGUUCUGGAGGCCUCAGAUCCUGCUGAUGGUGGCCAAUCCACGGACCAGCGCCCAGCUCAUAACCUUCAUCAACGACCUGAAGAAAGGGGGGCUGUUCGUGUUGGGCCACGUGCAAAUCGGGGACCUUGACUCUCUUCCCAUGGAUCCCAUCCAGCCCCAGUACAACUUCUGGCUGAGUCUCGUGGACAAGUUGAACGUCAAGGCAUUUGUCGAUCUGACUCUGUCCCCGACAGUGCGCCAGGGUGUGCAGCAUCUCCUCCGUAUCACCGGGCUAGGUGGGAUGAAGCCUAACACGUUGGUCCUUGGAUUCUAUGACCACUCCGUUCCUGAUGACUACUUCCUGCAUGACCCGGCCUUCAAGGACGCCAGAGACAACAACGACCACUUCGGUGUGGACCUUGCCUCGCUGCAGGCCCACUUCCCCCCCGUGCGGGACGGUGAGACCCCCAAGAACCUGUCUGAGCAGGAGUACGUCGCGAUCAUCUCCGACGCGCUCAAGAUGCAGAAGAACGUGUGCCUGGCGCGGGGUUUCUUUACCAUGGACCGGAAGGGUCUGCUGCUGUCCAAGACCCGGCCGGAGAGGGUGUCCAUUGACGUGUGGCCUCUGAACCUCCUGAGGCCCGACAGCACUGACUACGUGGACGUGUGCAGCCUCUUCCUGCUGCAGAUGGCCUGCGUCCUGACCAUGGUGGCCUCCUGGAAGGCCGCACGCCUGCGGAUCUUCCUGUGCAUCGAGCCUGGCGACGGCAGCUGGGUCCGGAAGGAGGAGAAGCUGCGCCGGCUCCUGGACCAGCUGCGCAUCAAGGCCACCAUCAAGAUCGUCACCUGGGAGGAGGUGGGGCCUAGCGGGCAGGCCUCAGCCGACCAUGUCUCCGAUGGAUACCUGCAGGCGGUCAACCGUAUGAUCCUGGACCAGGGUUUCCACACGGCCGUCCGGUUCCUCUACCUGCCCAGGCCUCCUGCUGAAACCACCCACUCCCAGCGCUACCUGGAGCAGCUGGCUAUCCUGACCGAAGACUUGGGGCCUACACUCCUGAUCCAUGGCCUAACUCCAGUCACCUGCACUGACCUAUGACAGGCCCCACCAGACAUCCCCUGCUCCCUUUAAAAACAGAAAGCCCUGAUGGGCACAGACUCUGAACUCUAACUGACCAUCUCACCUGGUCAACCAAAAUAAAACCGUGCCUCGGACACUUUAUUUAAAAAGAGAGAGAGAGAGAGAGAAGGGGUGGGGUUCUUGCUCAUCGCUGUUAUUUAUAUUUAAGUAAAUAAAGAAUGGGGUAGGGCUUUGAGGGGAAAAGACUGUGUAAUUUGGAUUUAAAAUGUUUUUUUUCAGAA